AUGUCCGAGCACGCCAUCAACAGCCCUCAGCAACCCACAGUAUCGGAGGCGGAUACGGACUUCUACCCCGAUCCCACCACGCGCUUUCCUGGGUCUGGGGACUUCCACAACCCUCUGCAACCGAUGGAGCGUGCCUAUUCGUUGACGCAGUUGCUAUGGCACGACUCGAGGAAGGGCGAGUUGCAUGUCUAUGUAGCGCUCGUAGGCCGGUCAUCGCCCUUUCUGCUCGCCCGACUUCCGAUCGCAUGGCUGGAACGGUCGGCCCUGAGCACGUCGGCCCCGAGCGCUUGGUCGUUCGUCCAAGAGCUGGUACAGUUCUGUGUCGACCAACCCGGGUUCCUGGUUCGAUCGGAUGACGAGCACGGUCAGAGGGUCGACACUUCGAUCGCACCUCGAGCGGGCAACUACACCUUCGUCACCGAAAGUGAGUCAACAAGCGCUCUCGAACGGAGCAUCAUCACUCAUCUUCCACGCACCUCGCACCCCCGUAUCCUCCAGAUGGCCAACCGGCGACACUUUCGGUCGGCCCCAUCGGAAAGAAGAAGGGUGUCAUCCCCUCCAACUGGCCGCCUAGCUAG